AUGAUGGCACGUGUUAGCAAGGCAGUGGUAAUCCUCGCGCUCCUCGGCCUCGUCGCAUCAGGGGUUCUCGCCCAGGGACCCGGCUAUGGUGGCGGCAGGGGCGGCGGAGGGCGCGGAGGACGGGGGUUUGGCGGAGGACGCGGAGGGGGCAGGGGCGGGCCCGGCGGACGGGGACCCGGUGGGGGGCUCGGGCUGGGCCCUGGCGCCGCUCUGGGGACGUUCUACGGCCACGUGGAGGCCGAUUUGACGGGCAGCGGCAACAUCACUGGACGCAUGCACGUUGUCGUCUUCAAGAACAACACCGACUACAACGUCCGUUACGUGCUGAGGAUCGGCGGCCUCCCCACCCCAGGUCUUCCUACCGCUGCCGCAGUUUUGAAUAACGGCAAUACUCUCCUCGAUUUCCCGGAUGCCACGUGGACCAACACCACUGGCCAGCAGCCUUAUGGCUAUGGCUGGAGGAGGCGCAACCGUGCAUGGGUCUUUGGUGUGUGUUUCCGUUACAAUGCUACCGGGGUUUACUACAACGCGAACUCGAAGACCACUGAUGGCGGCAAGACGAUUGGGUCUAUUGCUGUGGCCAUGGUUGCUGCUCCUGCAGCUUAUAGCGGCCGUAUCACUGCUCCUGGUGGCGUUGCUUCUGGCAAAAGAAUAUACAUCAUGAGGCUGCAGACACCACGUUUCGCCUUCUGGUUGCUGCUCGUCGUUUACUACGCAUCCAUAGCAGAGGGCGUACGCGUGCUGGACGAUGCCGCUGCUCAGCUAAGUGAUCCUCAGACACUCAGAGAUUCAAUCAACGCAGGGAAUUCUGCAGCACGAACGAGGCCUGCCAGAUUAAGAGAUUCACAUGGAAGUUACCAGGCAGAGGGGCUACGCGUGCUGGACGAUGGGGCUGCUAAGUUAACCGUUAACGGUCCCCAGACGCCGACAGGAAUAGUCAACCCAGGACGAACAAGAAAUGCAUUGCACGUUGGAAGCUACGAGGGUCAUGUGGAGGCGAGACUGCGAGGCGUUGAGGAUAUCAACGGUGUCAUCCGCGUGUUCGUUUUCCGCAAUUCCACCAGCGCAAACAUUCGUUACUCUCUCCGCGUGACCGGAUUGAGCGUCCAGGGUUUCCCGACCGCUGCUGGCAUUGUCACUGCCAGGUCUAAUGCCCCAGUGGUAAACUUUCCGGCAAAGACUUGGUCUAAUGUGACUAAUAGUCCUCCGUUCGACCAUGGUUGGAAAAAGCAAGGCAAUGCGAGGAGGACGGGACUGCUCUAUAAGUACGCAUCAUCCGGAUGGUGCUAUGAUGCAGGGAGAGUUGCUGCAGAGGCAGGAAUGACCGUCGCUGAUGUGUUCAGGGGGCUGAUGACUUUCCCAGGGUCUUAUUAUGGAACCAUUGUGGCUCCUGGAGGGAGAGCAAGCGGAGUAUUCGCUGUGCAACCAUUGGCGAUCAAGGUGUCUCAUGGUGGUGGCUCCUCGUCUUGA